AUGGAGCAGUUUUUGCGGCUUUUACCGAAAUUGGGAAAACAUUUGAGAAAGGUGAGCCUUUUGCUGGAACAUUUUGAAAAAAAAUAUUUUUUUUCUUCAAAAAUACAGUGACCGUUGAACUAUACACAGUUGUCCAUUUAGUUUCUUUUUUCCUAGAUACCGUAACCCAAAUUCUACAGUAAACCUCUAAAUUUAGAAAUGUUUCAAUCAAAGUUUCUUACAAUUAGCUACAGUACCCCGAAACCUAUUUUUCCUUGUCAGGGUGAUUGUGGUCGAAUUGGUGUAAUUGGUGGAUCAAUUGAAUACACAGGUGCACCGUAUUUUGCAGCUUCUUCAAUUUGUAAAUUGGGAGCUGAUUUGAUCUAUGUUUUUUGUUCGAAUGAAGCUGCACCAAUUAUCAAAACAUAUUCGCCAGAUUUGAUUGUUCAUCCAGGAUUGAAACCCGAAGAUGUUUUGCCGGUAUGCUUUUUCUACAGUAGCCGAAUUGAAGAGUACUGUAAGAUUAAUAUUCUAGAAACUAUCUCGUCUGGAUGCAAUAAUUCUUGGUCCAGGCUUAGGUCGAAAUCUCAGCCUAAAUCCACUAAUCGAUCAAUUAUUCAAUUUGAUAAAUCAAAAGAAUAUUCCAUUUGUAAUCGACGGCGAUGGUUUGUGGUUCGUCGCUGAAAACGUCGAAAAAUUUCCGAAAAAUAUGUCAUCCACAAUUCUGACACCGAAUUUCGUCGAAUUUUCGAGACUUUGUAAAGCGGUUUUGGAUGAAGAUAAUGUGAUAAAUUGUAGAGAAAUAAAGAAAUUGGAAGAAUUGGGAAUUGAAUUGAGUCGACGAUUGAAUGUUGCGAUUUAUAUGAAAGGAGAAAUUGAUUUAAUAAUUACUUCCGAUGGAAAAGUUUCGAAAUGUGAAUUUGAAGCGAGUUUUCGAAGAUGUGGAGGGCAGGGCGAUUUGACGGCUGGAACAUUGGGAUUAUUGUUGUUUUGGGCGAAGAAGUGAGUUUUUUGGGAAAUUUUUAUAACUUCUAGAGAACAGGAUUUAAAUUUAAGACCAAAAUUAAGAAAAACGUUGAAAUUCAAUAUUUUUUCAUCCUCCAGCGCAUUUAUUUUACUCCAAACAACCCCCUCCCAAAUGUUUUUUUUUUCCAGAAACUCAGAUUCCUUCCAAAAAUCGUUCCAUGAAGCUGGAAUUGCUUCAAGUUGGCUAGUUCGAACAGCUGGAAAACAAGCAUUUGAAAAACAUGGAAGAUCAAUGAAUACACCUUUGAUGUUAGAAGAAAUACCAAAAAUUAUCAAAGAAAUUGAAAAGUGA